AUGCGGCCCGGAGAUAGCAACCGCAAUUCUUCUCUCGGUACUGGAUCAUGGCGCGGCAGCUACAACACCCCUAGUCAGUCCACGGAUAAUACUGUGGGAGAUCUAGGUGUAUCAGGUACCGAUCAGCUGCUUCUUAGUGCCACCUUUUCCAACGUGCCAUCAAUGAGCGAGUCCUUGGCCAUGAGUGAUGGGGUUGCCUCAUCUCAACAAGAUGUUACUGUUUCAAGAAUUCCUCAAGUCGCUAGCAGAUUGGUGCACAUGCGGAGCAACGGAAAUAUGCUUGGUUUCAGACAUGGCCUUUUGUCUGCAUCAUGCAGCCAGAACAAUGUUUCAGAGCAGGGGUCCACAACGCAGGAAACUUAUUGUGCUGCCCUAACACUUGGCGAUCUUGAUACAGACACAUCAAUACCCGACAUAUGCGUGGAUCAUGUGGAAGAUAUGGCCCUUCGGAAUGAGGCAGCAGAUGUUGAGGCGGGCUCAGAUGCGGCGAAAUACGAAACAUUAACGUCUCGAACUUUAAGAGCCCUAAAAUCAAUGAAGCGAAAGAGAUCCUUGUAUUCGGCGUCGGCUAUUAGCGAUAACGUGCAGCCGGGUAAAAUGACGGGAUCGAAAACUAAAGGUGCAGUGAACCAGGAUGACGCUGGUAGCGAAGGCGAAACCAAUAGCCAACAAGGAUCACAAUUGGAUUUGCACUCGUUUGCUGACUCCGGAGGCAAUGCUGAUAUUAUCACAACAUCCGUGGCUGAUGGCAAUGCUAUUGCUUCGCUGCCAGCACGGGACAUGGUGCAACAGGGUAAAAGCGCAACCGCUGUGCUGCGGAAAUACAAACCAAACGAAGACGUGGAUAUGAUGGAAACCGGAUCUACAGCCGACAAUGAAGUCGUAGAUACUGGUAAGGUGUCACAAGAGACCAGAUCAUCUUCUAUAAAUGGGCACAGUGCCAGAUCACUGCCCUUCGAUGAAACGAGUACAUACGUCACGCAAACAACCACAGGCAUAACCCCUUCACAAAGCCAAUGUACACCUAUGUUUGACGAAAGUACACAAGAACCUGUAGCUGAAAUGUUAAUGCCGAAAAUAACGGAAACAUGGGCCCUCCAGACACCGGCGGUGACAAAACACGAUGACAUUCCUGACAGUGCGCCAAUAUCAAACGCAGGGAGACACACAGGUCAACACAAUAACGCAGUGGUGCCAGGAUAUUUAAAGAUGGAAAACAACAUGGAUGCGGACUCGGCAAGGAAUGAGAUUGUGUUUCGAUUUCGUGAAACGGUGGCGGUUGACCGUAAUUCACCGAUACAUCAGACCGUACAUUCUACGGCGGCAAGCGUCACCCCCGUAUCCGAUGUGGGCAACGAUGAGAUAAUAGAUGCCGCUUUUACUACGAACAUCAGAUCCAGCACAACGGAGGGUGACGAGGGAUUCCAUAACACUGCCGACUUGUCUGUCACUGAAGAAACUAACUCCAUGAAUCCCAACUCCAGAACAGAUAAGAGUCCCACCAAAACAACGGCUACAUUAAUCAGCCGUGACGAAGACAAGGGAAGUGGGUCACCGAGACAAAAUUCACCUGCCACAAGCGACAUAGUGGAUGCUCGGACAUCGCCGCAGUCAAAACGUGCCAAGACGGGUAAAGAGAAUGCGAAUUCACCGGAAAAGGGACCAAGAGCAACCAAAAAGCCGGCUAAACCGAAGAAAGCGAAGCGACCACUACUAAUUAGCUACACGGGUAAAAGGCAAGGUGAUAUCGAGCAGAGGCUGAGGAAGGCGGUCAUUUAUUACGAGAAGGGGCAAUUGUUCUUCGAUUACCUGGACAACCCCCAGGAAGAACGUCUGACACAUCUGAUUGCUCCGUUGGAAAUUCAGCGCCCCACGCUCAAGGUGCUGUACGCCAUCUGCCACGGAGCGUUCAUCUUAACGCCAAACUACUUGGAGGAAGCUGAGAAGAACGAGAAAUGGCCAUCCGAAGUAGGAUUCGAGCAUCCAAGGUGGCCACUGCGUGCUAGUCGGAUGCGCCCGUUGGAUUUAAUGCGCACUAUAAGGGCGUUCGCUCCCCAGAACGGCAAUAAACUAAGCUUAGAGGAUAUCACGAGUCUCAUUACUCUGUGCGGAGGUAAAAUGGUGAACAGUGCGGCAGCGGCAACUCAUUGCAUAAUACCAGAGGGGACCGAGCCGUCGCAAAUAAUUGAUGGGGAACUCCCCGAGGACACAACGGUUGUCACGGAGAAUUGGGUCGUUAAUGUGAUCGAGCGCUUGACACUCCUUCCAUCCGACUUGCGAAGCACGCAAUAA